CCCAGCUACAGUAAACAGGACUAACAGCUUUUAAUGUCCUUCUUCCUUUGAGUAAAAGCAACGAGACUAAUGUCACCCAUUGCUUCGUGCCCAACCGGCCGCCAUGACGUCAGUAUACUCCUUUGUCAAGUGUCAGUGUGGCUAUGACAUCAUGGGGACAUUAAAUGUGAGAAUUUUUUUAGCAGAUUAUUUGUAUUUAACUUUUUAGCAAUUUUAUUAUUAGUGAGAUUUCUGCAAUGAAAAUAAUAAUAUUCAGUCAGAAAGAGAAAGUUUUCACCACAUAAAUAGUCAAACAAAUUGUAAAUCUGCUAUUAAUUUCAAUCCCAAGGCAUAAAUGUUAGCCUAAGGUUGAUAAAAGAUUAUUUUUUACAUUUUCUGUUUUAUUAUUUGCACAUUUAUGACAUUUCAUAAAGUUUGGUGUUUUUUAUGUCUAACGCUGUCGGAUUGUGAUGUCCGUGUUGUGAUUUGGCGCCAUCUAUCGGGCAGAGCGCGCAUUGCACCGUGAUGUCCCUGCUGAGAAUCAACCAAUGAAGAAGAAGCAUUUCGGAGGUUUUCCGCUUUCCGAGAACUUCUUGACAGAUCAUCCGACUGCAGCGAGAGAGAAUUCAAGAUGGCUGCCACAGGACACUAGGACCGAGCUUCACUCUUCCUGGUUCCUCUGUGCACGAAGCGCUCCUGAGGUCGUGGGUGUGUCUACGUGCUGCGUGUCCUCCUCGCUCCUCCGCCCGCUCAUCAUGUCCUCCACCUCCUCCUACUCCUCCUCGGGGGAGACCAGCCCGGAGGAUGUACCCCGAGGUGGGGGCACCAUCCGAGUCUACCUCCCCAACAAGCAGAGGACAGUGGUGAAUGUUCGUCAAGGGCAGACCGUGUACGAGACGCUGGACAAGGCGCUCAAAGUGAGAGGCCUGAGCCAGGACUGCUGCGCGGUGUUCCGCCUUCUAGAGGGCCGUAAGCGACUGACGGACUGGGACACGGACAUCACUCCACUGGUUGGAGAGGAGCUGCUUGUGGAGGUCCUGGAUGACAUCCCCCUCACCAUGCACAACUUUGUCCGGAAAACCUUCUUCAAACUGGCGUACUGUGAUUUCUGCCACAAGUUUCUGUUCAAUGGCUUCAGGUGUCAGACGUGCUGCUACAAGUUCCACCAGCACUGCAGCAGCAAGGUGCCGACGGUGUGCGUGGACAUGGACACGAUGACCAAGAGGGUUGACGAGUACCCACGGAUACUAUUGCCGGAAAAUUCCCCAUCGCAGAGCAACCUCGCCUUAACCCCGGAGCCUGCUGGAAUGGACCUCCUGUCCCCGACCUCGGCGUUCCGGUUCCCGUUGCCGGGCGGGGACGGCCAGUCUCUGCAGAGGCACCGCUCCACCUCCACGCCCAACGUGCACAUGAUCAGCACCGUGGGCCCGGCGGGCACCAGCAUCAUCGAGGAAGCACUCAAACUUCACAACACAAUGGGUCCUGAACCCUCACCCAAACCCUCCACCAGCCCCCCCUCUUCUCUGGACUCCCCAGGGAGGAGACCCCCGAAGUCUCCCUCAGAGCACAAGGAGCGCAAGCCGUCCUCGUCCGACGACAAGAAGAAAGUGCACCGCGGCGGCUACAGAGACUCCAGCUACUACUGGGAGGUCCACUCUCGAGAAGUCACGGUGCAGCAGAGGAUCGGCGCCGGCUCCUUCGGGACGGUGUUCAAGGGCAAGUGGCACGGAGACGUGGCCAUCAAGAUCCUGAAGGUCACAGAGCCCACGCCCGAACAGCUGCAGGCCUUCAAGAACGAAAUGCAGGUCCUACGGAAGACCCGCCACGUCAACAUCCUGCUGUUCAUGGGCUACAUGACGAAGCCCAACUUCGCCAUCAUCACGCAGUGGUGCGAGGGCAGCAGCCUCUACCGCCACCUGCACGUCACGGAGACCAAGUUCGACACCAUGCGGCGCAUCGACGUGGCCCGGCAGACGGCUCAGGGCAUGGAUUACCUCCACGCUAAGAACAUCAUCCAUCGAGACCUGAAGUCCAACAACAUUUUCCUCCACGAGGGCUGGACGGUGAAGAUCGGGGACUUCGGCCUGGCCACGGUGAAGUCCCGGUGGAGCGGCUCUCAGCAGGUGGAGCAGCCCAGCGGGUCCAUUCUGUGGAUGGCUCCCGAGGUGAUCCGGAUGCAGGACAGCAACCCGUACACCUUCCAGUCCGACGUGUACGGGUACGGAGUGGUUCUGUUUGAGCUGAUGACGGGAACGCUGCCCUACUCCAUCAUCAACAACAGAGACCAGAUCAUCUUCAUGGUGGGCCGCGGCUACCUGUCUCCAGACCUCAGCAAGCUGUACAGCACCUCCCCCAAGUCCAUGAAGAGGCUCAUCGUCGACUGUCUGAAGUUCAAGCGGGACGAGAGGCCCCUGUUCCCCCAGAUCCUCGUCUCCAUCGAGCAGGUCCAGGACCUGCUGCCAAAGAUCGAGCGGAGUCGCUCGGAGCCGUCGCUGCACCGGGCCGUCCACGCCGAGGACCUGAACCCCCUCCUGUUCCACACCACCCGGCUGAUGCCCUUCUAGGUCCAAGACCACGCCCCCCCCCCCUAACUGUAGAAUAACUAAGACGCUGUCGUCCAAUAGGAAACCAGAGACCAACAUCUGCUUACUGCCUGUUUCUAGAAGUGUGUUGAAAAGCCUUUGAUCAUUCCAUCUGACCUCCUCUGACCUUCAGAGGUGUCUCUUUGAGGAGCAUUACAUCUGACCUUCAGAGGUGUCUCUUUGAGGAGCAUUCCAUCUGACCUCCUCUGACCUUCAGAGGUGUCUCUUUGAGGAGCAUUCCAUCUGACGUCUGACCUUCAGAGGUGUCUCUUUGAGGAGCAUUCCAUCUGACAUCUGACCUUCAGAGGUGUCUCUUUGAGGAGCAUUCCAUCUGACCUCUGACCUUCAGAGGUGUCUCUUUGAGGAGCAUUCCAUCUGACGUCUGACCUUCAGAGGUGUCUCUUUGAGGAGCAUUACAUCUGACCUUCAGAGGUGUCUCUUUGAGGAGCAUUCCAUCUGACCUCUGACCUUCAGAGGUGUCUCUUUGAGGAGCAUUCCAUCUGACCUCCUCUGACCUUCAGAGGUGUCUCUUUGAGGAGCAGGUUGAGACGUGUUUCCCGUCGCCCAGCAGCCGUAAUGCUGACACGUGUUUCGUGAGAUCUGAGCUGUGAAGCUCGUCUGUAGUGCGAGUCCCUCGUUACGGUCUGUCUCCAAGAGCCCACGCGUCGUCAUGACGACGGGUCGUCCACAUUCCAACGCUCGUUCCAAUCAGAGUCCAGACGUCUAAAUUAAUUGACGGAUAUUUAAGACGUUCAGGUUUCUCUCCGCCUGCCGCUCCGAGACGAGUUCUGCUCGUGAAAGUUUAAAUAAAACAGAAAAUCAGAACCUUAUGGAUCAGGAUCAGACCCUCAGACCCUUAUGGAUCAGACCCUCAGACCCUUAUGGAUCAGACCCUCAGACCCUUAUGGAUCAGACCCUCAGACCCUUAUGGAUGAGGAUCAGACCCUCAGACCCUUAUGGAUCAGACCCUCAGACCCUUAUGGAUGAGGAUCAGACCCUCAGACCCUUAUGGAUCAGACCCUCAGACCCUUAUGGAUGAGGAUCAGACCCUCAGACCCUUAUGGAUGAGGAUCAGACCCUCAGACCCUUAUGGAUCAGACCCUCAGACCCUUAUGGAUGAGGAUCAGACCCUCAGACCCUUAUGGAUGAGGAUCAGACCCUCAGACCCUUAUGGAUCAGACCCUCAGACCCUUAUGGAUGAGGAUCAGACCCUCAGACCCUUAUGGAUCAGACCCUCAGACCCUUAUGGAUGAGGAUCAGACCCUCAGGCCCUUAUGGAUCAGGAUCAGACCCUCAGACCCUUUUUGAUCAGACCCUCAGGCCCUUAUGGAUCAGACCCUCAGACCCUUAUGGAUGAGGAUCAGACCCUCAGGCCCUGUUGGAUCAGACCCUCAGACCCUUAUGGAUGAGGAUCAGACCCUCAGGCCCUUUUGGAUCAGACCCUCAGACCCUUAUGGAUGAGGAUCAGACCCUCAGACCCUUAUGGAUCAGGAUCAGACCCUCAGGUCCUUAUGGAUCAGACCCUCAGACCCUUAUGGAUCAGGAUCAGACCCUCAGACCCUUAUGGAUCAGACCCUCAGACCCUUAUGGAUGAGGAUCUGACCCUCAGACCCUUAUGGAUCAGGAUCAGACCCUCAGGCCUCAUUCAUCUGGUUCACUCAUUGGUUCCUGAGCUUGUGAUGUUCUUUUACCAGAAUGUCAUCCGGCUCCAGAUCUCAGGGUUCAGGAGCUUUUACAUCUUCAUCUUCAUCCACGGCGUCAGAAGCGUGGCGAGAGGCGAGAGGCGCGGCUCUCUGGCGCCCCCUGCUGCCGCUGGUUGUUUCUGCACCAAUUAAUGAGUGAAAGUGUCACAAGGCGACCUCUUGUGAUGUGACCGUCGCCUCGCGGUACCUCAGGGGGGCCGACCGAUGACACGCCCCCUAAACAAUGACACGCCCCCGUCUCGUUGCCGGGGGAAACCUGUGCCCUCUAUGAAAGUCUGCGUGGGAUUGAAUGCAUCGCAGCGAGUAGUUCUGUUAUUAGUAUUUAUUGUUCCCCCCCUGGACCUGCAGAGGGACUCGGGCCGGUCUCUCCUGGACCUCCUGGGGUUCCUCCUGCUUCCCUGCUCCGAGGUCGUCAUGGAAGUAUUUUAUGGAUCCUACGACAGUCACGUGGGGGGGGGUCUCUGGAUGGUGGGACAUUGAGAGCUUUUCUAUGUCAGUGUCGUGACGAUGGGGGCUGGGCACCCGACUGUUCUGACUCAUUCCAGUUCGAGAGGUGGAUCGGGGGCGGGGCCUCGUGAACCAGGUCGUUCUCUUAUUUAUUGAUGUCUUUGCAGAUGUUCUCGAAAUAAAUGUUUACGGAGAGACGUCACGCUUUGCAACAUUCACUUCCUGUCCGGGCCCUGUAGGACCGGCCCCGUGCGUUAUGGCCCCCCCCCCCCCGUGCAUUACGGGCCCCCGUGCGUUACGGGUGCAUUUGGCUUAUCUUUUGAACAUCUUUAGGACAGCAGGUGUGAAACCUCCAACACUUCCUGCGAGUCCCCUGAGGACUUCCUGUUGCCGGUCGUGUAGCUUGUGAGUAUUUGAACUCGUGGCUGCGAGAUGAAAGAAACCUUUUCUAAAUGCUUUUGAUGAACUUUAAAUGUCAAAGUUCAGUGUCACAGCUGCUCAUCUGGGAGGAUGUGGGUCCCUGUGGCUGGGCGUGGCCCCCUGGGGUGGAGAGGCGGAGCUUGAACCCUGCUGCUUCUGGAGGUGGAACCACAGCAGUGAGUUCAGAGAAGAGGAGGAGCUCGUCAUAGUUUUAUUGUGUGUUUUCAUAUCUCUAGGGGAGUUGGAAUACUUGCGUUCAUAGUUUCUGAGGUGUUCAGUUUGCAAUAAAUGGUAUAUUAUU